CAGCAGCUUCUCUGGCGGAGAAGGGAAAGCAAGGCGCCGCCGCCGCCGCCGCCAUGGCCCGGUGUUUCUCUCUGGCCGACUGCGAAGUGGUCGGCUUCGACCUGGACCACACGCUGUGUCGCUACAACCUGGUGGAGAGCGCCCGGCUUAUAUACGAAAGCUUUGCUCAGUACAUGGUAAAAGAAAAAGGUUAUGAUAAAGAACUGCUGAAUGUAGCUCCUGAAAGCUGGGAUUUUUGCUGUAAAGGCUUGGUUCUGGAUAUGGAAGAUGGGAAUUUCCUUAAACUUGCAGAGGAUGGAACUGUUUUAAGGGCAAGUCAUGGUACAAAACAUAUGACCUCUGAAGAGAUUCUGGAGAUGUAUGGAAGGAGGGAAUGGAGACACUUCAAGACAAUGAGUGGAAUGGUUUCCCGUUCAGCUAAAUAUUAUGCCUAUGACAAUUACUUUGAUCUGCCAGGGUCACUUCUCUGUGCACGGAUUGUGGAUGGUUUAAACAAACACAGUCCUAGGCAAAAGUAUGACUUCUGGAGGGAUAUGGUCGCAGCCAUACAGCAUAAUUAUAAAACUUCAGCUUUUAAAGAAAAUUGUGGGACGUAUUUUCCAGAAGUGAAAAGUAACCCAGAGAAGUAUAUACAACGUUGUCCUGAUUCUGUUAAAAAGUGGCUAAGAAGGCUGAAGGAGAGUGGAAAAAUUCUACUACUAAUUACCAGCUCUCAUAGUGACUACUGCAGACUCUUAUGCGAGUAUACCUUAGGGAAUGAUUUUGCAGACCUUUUUGACAUUGUAAUCACGAAUGCCCUGAAACCAGGUUUCUUCUCUCAGACACCAAAUCAAAGACCUUUUCGAACACUUGAGAAUGACGAGGAACAAGAGGCUCUCCUAGCCUUGGACAAACCUGGCUGGUACUCCCAAGGUAACUCAACCCAUUUGUAUGAGUUGCUGAAGAAGAUGACUGGCAAAGUAGAACCAAAGGUUGUUUACUUUGGUGACAGCAUGCACUCAGAUAUUUUCUCAGCCCACCACUAUAAUAACUGGGACACUGUCCUCAUCUUAGAGGAGCUUAGAGGGGACCAUGUUAUGAUGCCUACAGAGAUGGAGUCUGAGCCCUUAGAGAAGAAAGGAAAGUAUGAGGGACAUCAUCCCAAAGCUCUUCAUUCAGCUUCUAAACAAUGGGGUUCUUUCUUUGUGGAUACCAUUUCAGGGAAGAAAGGCACAGUGAAAACUUUAGUAAAUACAUGGUCCUGCAAAUGUGUUAGUGCUUAUAGCACCAUCACAAUCCCAAAUAUUGAAGCAAUAGCAGAUUUACCUCUGGAUUAUAGAUUCAACAGAUUUUCUUCCAAUAGCUCAAUAACUGCUGGUUACUAUCCCAAACCUCCAAAAUCUUUAUUAUCAAGCGGUGAGCCAAUGGCCGCCAAAUGAAUCAUCUCUAAGGAAAAGAAAGUCUUUAUAUCGCUUAAAUGAAUAUAUGUUUAUUAUGGUUCAUGACCAGAUUGAAAUGAAUAUAUCAGUUGGGGGAAAAUGCAAAUGAAAUGCUACCUAAAUCCAAAAGACACCUUAAAAAAUGCAAACAGACCUCCCUUCCAAUAAAAUAAAAUAAAUCCUAGCUAUUUUCCCGAUGACAUUAAUCCCUAGUAUUUGUCUAGAAUGUUUUCUCACUCUGCCUGUUGAGAAUUUGCUACAGUCUUUUAAGUUUGUUAUAUAAACACUUUGACAACUUUGUCCAUUUCAUACAUUACAUGGCCACCAUGAUGUCUCUACCCAUAGUGCAGGGUCACACACACACCUUUCUCUACCACCUCACACCUCCUUGCAAGAUGGCCCAAUUUGCAUGGUUCUUCCCACUCAAAGGAGGGAAAAUGUAUGAAUAACACUGUUGCACAUAUGAUUUGAGGAGGGGAGGGGGGAGUAUGAGUACUCUUCAACAAUGGAGAGGGUCUCAGCCCAGUAGUAGUUGGCCCAUAAUUUUACAGUGUGGUUAAACUUCAGUACUUUGAUGUUAAGUCCUAUUAAAUCAUUUCAUUUAUUACAUUUCUAUACCACCCCAUAGCCAAAGCUGUUCACAAAAAUCAGAAAUAAUUUCUACUACUUUAUCCCAAAUCUGUUCCAGACCAGAUUAGAAAAACAUGCUCAUCAAGACUGGGUAUAUACCCAUUUUAUAAAAUGCAUUCUGAUAAAUACAGACUGCAUAGUUUGCUUCUAAUAAAUCCUGCAUCAUCUCUUAGUGAGAUUUUCUCCCAAUAUGAGUACUCCCUUCCUUUUAUCUCAGUCCCUGUCAUAAAAGGAAAUCUGCACUAUUCUUUAGAAUUCUGGGUUUGUAAAAUGUUUUCAGCAUUGGACCUCUUUCUAUUAUUGUAUGGAUGCAAAAUCCAUAACAGCCCAAUUCUUUGCAUGUCUACUUUGAAUUUAAAUCCCAUUCAUGUCUAUGGUAUUUACUCUCAGUUAAUUGACUAUAGGAUUGCAACUAAUGCUGUAAUAUUAUGUGCACUUACCUGAGAGUGAGUCCCAUGAGGUUAAUAGUGUUCACAUCUGCAUACUUAUGCAUAGGUUGGGCUGUAAGUGCGCCAUUGUAUACGUUAAUGCACUGUUUUCAUAGCUAAAGACACCAUGAUAUGCCAGAUUGCAAACAACCUGUCUUGCAUGUGGACUAUUUCUCCCACAGAAAGGGUGAUCUGUUGUAGAAAUAAUUACAGUACAAAGAUCUGAAUAUAUAAACUUAUCAAAACUUUCAAAGGCUUCUGUCUGCUUUGGCAGUGCUCAUCUGUGCAAAGUUCAAAAUAAAGGUUAUUUAUUCCCGAAAA